AACCAGGGGAUGUGGUGACGUAAAAACGCGCACGCGCCUUGAAAACUCCCGACGAGCUAUUUCCUUGGCCGGCAGAUCGUUCAUCGUUGCGCGCACGCAAAUUUGUGAAUAUAAUCGUUUUCUUCAUCAACUGCCUUUUAUUAACAUUUAACAAUGGCUCCUCCAACGUAUGGUGAUUUGGGAAAAAGCGCCCGUGAUGUCUUCGGCAGAGGAUACCACUUUGGUUUACUGAAGCUCGACGUAAAGACCAAAACCGAGUCUGGCGUUGAGUUUUGCAGCGGAGGGUUCUCGAACCAAGACACUGGAGUCGUCGUAGGAAACUUGGAGACCAAGUACAAGAUCAAGGAGUAUGGAUUGACUUUCUCUGAGAAGUGGAACACAGACAAUCUUCUGGGUACAGAUGUCACCAUCGCCGACAAACUUCUUCAAGGGCUCAGUAUUGGAUACAGUUGUACCUUCUCUCCCCAGACUGGGAGCAAGACUGGAAAAUUGAAGACUACGUACAAACACGAAAAUGUAUCAGCCACAGCUGAUUUUGAUUUAAGCUUAAACGCUGCUCCUUUGAUUCAUUCAACAGCUGUAAUUGGUUACCAAGGAUGGCUUGCUGGAUAUCAAACAUCAUUUGACGCUCAAAGAAACAAGAUAACUAAGAACAACUUUGCCUUGGGCUUUACGGCAAAAGACUUUGGUGUUCACACUUCCGUAAACAACGGUCGCGAGUUCAACGGAUCUAUCUACCACAAGGUAAAGCCUGGAUUGGAGGGUGCCAUCAGCAUUGCGUGGAAUUCAAGCAACAAUUCUACACAGUUCGGUCUCGGUACCAAAUACGAUCUUGACAAUGAUGCCUGUGUAAGAGCCAAGGUCAACUCCCAGCUCCAGAUCGGGUUGGGGUACCAGCAAAAAAUGCGCGAGGGCGUAACUCUCAGUCUCUCAACGAACAUCGACGGGAAAAACUUCGGUUCAGGAGGCCACAAGAUCGGUUUGGCUCUCGAUCUCGAAGCUUAAUAACUUAAUAAAUUUUUUCUCCAUCUUAACACCAACUUUCUGUCCCAUUUGACUCUAAAAAAAAAAUCGAGAUUAAUAAAAGACGUAAUAUAAAAUCAAGAAAAGAAAUAACGUCUGUGGAUCAAUACCAAUAAUUGAUUAAAAAUAAAAAAUAAAAACAGGUAGAUAAAACGUUAAUCAGAGUAACGUAAUGAACGACAGACUUAAUUGAUAAAUAAGAAUGAAUU